CAUGGUUGCUGUACAACCACUCUGACCUUCACCAUCACGGCACCCUUUGGCAGACAGAAUGUGCCUGUAGCCGCGCGACCCUAUCCGAGACUAACUACUAACCCAGCAGCAGCAGUGAAAGUGUAGCCCGACACGUGAGCCAGCCCAUCUCUUGCGACUCCCUUUCGGCCAAACAAACAAUCAACGCGAGUAGCUAAAAGCUUCACACAACAUGUCGGUAGCCCGGUACGCGCAGCCUGCAACUCCGCAAAAGGCCGCGACACCAUCUGCCCAGACAGAACAGCCAUACACGCCCAAUGGUUCCUGGCGACAUCCCAAGUUUGACGAGAUUGCGCGCCGCCAGUACGCUACCACGUUUGAUGAGCGCAACGUCAGGGCCAUCGUCUUGAAUGCAGGCUUCCUGUUUCUCUCAGUAUAUGGUACUAGGGUUACUGAGAAGGUAAAGUUGUUGGAAUACGCUGCAACACCGAUCAACGCUGUUGUAAAAGCUGUUCCCUACAGCGCAUGGGCCGUCCUCCUCGUCCGCAUCGUAUUCACCGCAAACAUCGUCAUCGCGUUCCUCCCUCUUAUCCGUCGCUACUACCCCGACGAGAUUGCCGACAUACCUCUCACCCCUUCGCAGCGCGCCUCCAUGGGCUUGAAGGCUGGCGUCCAAGUGCCUCAAUCCCCAGGCUCCGCAUUCGCAUCGCCCAACUACGUCACGCCUCCCCGAUACCAGCGAUCAACACCGCGCAGUAACAGCUUCAGCAAUCAGGAAUACGGCUCGGGGUCACCGAGUUUCGGAAGGUCUGGCUCAGGCUCGCCUUUCUCACCAAACAAUGGAGGCAACUUCCAGAGAUCACUCAGCGGGUCUUCUGCGACGAAGAGACUGAGCUAUGGUGGCAAUUCUAUGAGCAGUAGCUUGUUUGGUGACAGCACAAGCAGUACACCGGGCACUCCUACGCCCUCUACUGGCAAAGCGAGCGUCGGACUGAACAGCAAGUGGCUGUACGAGAAGCGGAGAGACAGCAGGAGCGGCAUGUUUGCGCAGUAACCCUCAUAGUGUAUGAUGAACAGAGACGUUGGACGGCAACAUAUCGCUUUAUACCCUGUUAUAUCGCGUGGGCGUUUUGUAUGAUUUAUUUAAUUUAGCAUAGCUUGGAGCUGGCGCAUUGGAGUCGCCAACAUGCUGGUGUACGAUAAUACAAGGAGUGGAAUCUUCCAUGCCAUAACGCCAU